GCCCGCGCCACGUGGAAGCUUGGCUCCGGGACCACCCGGGACCCUUGCUUCAAACACUCAACUUGCAUGGAGACGUCACUUCAGGCUGAGCCUGAUCCAUGUCGGUCGUGACUUGACUUCUUAUCACAGCCCGAUUGCCUUUGCACUCCAGAAUCCUGCUCAGGCUGUGAAGUGGCGUUCGAUGCGAUGACGAGGUGUGCAGCACUGACACUGCUCGAGUGGGAAUGGCGCCUCCGCGAGGCACGAUAGACAUCUGUCUGCAAUUCACCAAAUUCUCCCACGCGCUUGGCGUGAGGCCUAACGGUACAAUUGCAUGGAGUCAUGUAACUUCAGACAACCUGUUUGUGUUGGUGAAGGGCUCAGAGCCGGAUGUUGGGAGCGGUCAACUCCUUAUGCGCAUUAUCAACAACAACCAAGUGCUGGAGAGCAUCGACAUUGGCGCUCAUAUCGACGACGCCAACAAGACCCGACACACACUCGAGCAAGCGGGAAUAAGACCGAAAGUUGACCAACUACCGGCAUUCGCCAUCACGAAGGAUUCACUACUUGCGCUCAGAUAUCCUGGAGGUAAUGGGCAGGUGACGCGCGUGCAGCUUCGCAUGCAUAGCAAUGACGAAUGCCAGCAGAUCGUCAAGCUUCUCCUGACUCGCGGCAUAAGUCUCAAGGACCCCAGACCUGGGACUGCACUCUCAACCACGAGCAUGUCCACCACGGCUGCGGAGAAGACACGUCCCCGAUCGAUUGACUUCCGUUCUUCUUACUUCAACCCAUCCGACCCCUCACAAUCCAGCCUGCACGAAGCAACACGACCAUCGAGCGUGCUCAAUCAAACUUCUCCCACUCCAGCUCUCUCGACAUUGCAGAGCAGAGCAUGGCCGUCCGACUCGGCUGAGCGCGACCAUGAAAUCGCACGCUCCGUCACGGCUGGCAGGAGCUCGACUCCUGUAACAGCUCCGCUGCGGUUUGAGGCGCCCAUAUCCCAGCGAGAGUAUGCACGAAGAGGUACUGAAUUGGCUGGAAGUCGUCCAACCUCAGCUUUGGAUCUGCCACCGUUGCCGAAACCGAGCUUUACAAAGGACACACCGUUUCGUCUCGAAGGACCGACUAGCGUUUCGUCGAGCGCAGGGCCAGCAGAUUAUCGACCGAGCACGAGAGCACGCUCGAAGAGAUCGUUUGUUCCCGAUGAGUCCGAGAUCCCGGAUUGUGCAACGACGAUUCGACCAGACGACUCCAGGUUGCCAGCAUACAAAGACUCGCUUCGGGGUGAGCAUGAUAAAAUCAAGCAGGGGGGCCAAAUGGAUGACCGCCUCCAGAGUCGCGAGCCGCUUGCAGAGCGCUCUUCGAAUGACAGAGUCCUUCGAACGAGCAGCGUGAGAAAUGCACCUCACAAAAUCCUCUCGCUGCCCGCCAUGGACACAUCCACAAGACCACCAGAGCCGUUGGGCAGCGCCACGGUUGCGAUAUCCGCGUUGUCGGGUGGAAAUCUAGACCGGAUUGCGUUGGAGGCGUUUACAACGCGGCGCGUGAAUGAUCGACAGGCGGCCCUCGAAGACUUCAUGGUUGCGAAUCUCGAAAAUCCGGCAUUUACCACGCUGUGUGAGGAUGUUGAAAAUUGUUGGAGGCGCGUUGCAUUCGGACUGUGAGCACAGACGAGGGCGUAUAUGCCGGCAGAGAUUUACCGAUCGGGCAGAUCGAUGCUCGCAGUGGUAGUUGCAGACAAGGCCAGAUACCCAGCAGUGUUGUACUGUGUAGCUGCCGCUCGAGGCAAAUCAGCACGAGUCCUCGGCAGAUAUGCUUGGACUCGGCAACUCCAGAAUGGACACCUUCAUCCCAUCUUUCUUCAGCUUCUUGACUUCUCGAUGAUCCAUUCCGAUAGCACCGCCGGGGUGAUUCCGCUUGAAGACG